AUGUCUGGGAAACGCCUACUUCUUCUCACCCUUGCUAGGGCGAGGAAACUCCGUGAAUAUCUCCCCUCGGCUCUUGCUCUGGCUCUUGCUCUUCCGGCGCCAGCAGAGCCCCGCGUCGUCGACAUGUCGUGCUGGAGGAUCGGAGGACCACGGGGAUUUCGGACGGGACUCGGUGACUGUGAUGGUGAUGACGGGUGCGGGUCUGACGACGAUAGAGACGAUGACGCCGAACACUCCGUGGACCGCGGCUGGAUCAUGGUAUCAGAAGAAGAAGAAGAAGACGAUGAGGUGGUGGUAGGCCCAGCAGACCAUGGCUGGGGGUGGGUAUUCGUGGGGAACGGAUACGUGGGGGUGGAUGCCGUAACGACAUCUGCGGGAUUCGCACUCUGCUUGCCUCGUGACGGGCACGAUGGAGAUGAUAGGUGUGACGAUGACGAUGACGAUGGCGACGGAGGCCACGCGAUCGACGAGUUGUCCGAAAAGAAGGAAGUCUACGCGGGGAGAGAGAGUAGCGAGAGCGACUCCGGUGAGUCUCGGUUCCAGUCUCAAUUUCAAGGAACGCCCACGCCGCACCGUUCUGAGAUGUGA